AUGUUGACCGGCGCAGAAAUUGAGAUACUAGAGGAGAGCAAUUUGGAAAAGGUUAAACAAUUGAUCAACAGUAGAGGAGAUGAUCUGAUUUUGGAAGAUGAAAAUACUCCAGCUCAUGUUGCUGCAUACCUUGGCAAUCUCGAGCUGCUCGAGUACCUCAUCAAAGACCACUCGCACCUUAUUAACAAACUCAACCGUUACGGAUGGACGCCCUUAAUGCAGGCCUGCCACCAAGGCCACUACGAUUGUGUCCAACUUCUACUCGCUCACGGGGCGAAUGUAAAUGCCACAACGCCACUUGGCAAUAAUGCUCUUGCUGUGGCGACUGGUUCCGGAUUUGAGAAGAUAAUCGAGACACUAAUUGCGGCGGAUGUAUUCAUUGACAGAGAUGAACUUACUUCUUCUAUCGUCAAUCCGCUUCACCUUGCUGUUCUCCAGUCACGUGAUGACAUCGUCAAGGUCCUCCUGCGGCAAGGAAUAAAUGGCAACGUUCGGAACAAAUUUACCCAAUGGACUCCCUUGAUGACCGCCGCGGUCUCUGGCGAAAUUUGCACGGCUCGACUCCUUUUCAAGAACGAAAUUGAUGGAGAAAAGACAAAUACUAAUGGUCAAAACGCGGCAUCUAUCGCUAGAAAGUGCAAAAAUUCCGAACUUGCGGGUUUCAUCGAUCGCAAAACUCUUCAAAAUCUCUCCAACUCGCAGGAAAUAAAAGAAACAAUAAUAUCCGCCGUCAAAAAAGGGGAUGAGCUUGCAGUCAAAAAGCUCCUUCUCGAUGAUGCUUCUCUCGCAAACUCUCAAUCUAAAGAUGCUGCUACACCUCUUAUGUACGCUUCGAUGUUUGGGUUUAUCAAUUUGGUGGAGAUCUUGUUGGAAAAUGGAGCGGAUAUCGAUGCUAAAGAUUAUGAAAAUGGAUGGACAGCACUUAUGCAAGCGACAUAUUAUGGACAGGCACAAAUAGCCAAAUACUUAAUUUUGAGUGGCGCGAAUGUCAAUCUCCGAGCUAAAAAUGGGCUAACGGCAUUUGACAUGGCAAUGCUGAUCAACCUCAACGACACAGAACUGUUUCGAAUGCUCGCUGAUCGCUCUAUCGAGAUGGAUAUGCAGCCCAAGAAAUCAAGCUUCAACGAUUUAUCAACGGCUUCAAAAGGAACAACAUCUCAAUCAACAAACAUCUUGUCCAAGAUCACAAAGUCCUUCCGGACACUAGCGAAGCCGUCGAAAAACAUGUCGACAGAAGACUUGUCCGCAACAAUGAUCCGAAAGAAGAUAUCGCCUAAUAACUCUCAAUCUCUUUCGCAACAGAUUUUUUCACCUCUUCAUCAAGUCCCCCUCAAUCUUCGAAAAACUGACGACCUCCCUGAACUUGGGCCUCCAAAAACCUCUCUUCGUCGCAACAUCCCUCCAGCAUCACCAAAAACAAAUACAGAUUCUAGCGCUCCAUCAACUCAAAAAUCAACAACUCGUAAAUCAGCCUCUGCCAGCUCUAAGACGUCAUCAACUUUAACUCCUACUCUUCAUGAUCUCAACCUCGACGACGACGUCCGGAGCGUCCUGGACGAAUUAUCGAUGACCAAAAAAUAUCAAAAAAUCUUCGCCGAGCAAGAAAUCGACAUUGAAGUGUUCAAAAACCUCAAUCAAAGUGACCUCGAAGAGCUCGGAAUUACUCAACCUAAGAUUCGCCAAAAACUCAUGCUUGCAAUUAACGAUGUAAAAGUUCAGAGAGGAUAUAAGAGUAUUUUUUCAAAAUAA